AUGCCCUUGCGGCUGCUCGUGGUGGGUUCGUCGCUGUUCUCUGACUCACUGCCUGUGGUGCAGAAGAGCGAUUGCAGGACUGCUGCCGAUGGCAUUUAUGACGGAGCCUCACUGCUCCAGGUCAAUCGGGCGGCGAGCCCGGAGCACGGCAGUGACCGGCGUUUGACGCUCUUUUGUUUUGCAUGGUCGCCUCGGCGCAAAGACGACGAGGGUACGUUGCAGGAGGUUCGCAGGCAAUACAAGAAAUGCGAUGGUCACUUGUUCUUCACAGACACAGAGAGUCCGGCUGGACAGGGCGAGGAUGACUUCGUCCGAGUUCCGGUUCCGAGACAGGCGUUGAAUCGAAGCCACGAAAAGUGGCUUUACCACCGAAACAUGGUCGGGCUAAUGCCUGCCUGGAGCCACCUCCUCUCCUCCGGGAUGGCGGAGAAGUAUGACUGGCUGAUCAACUCCGAGUUGGACCACUUCCUUUCCCCGUCCCGAGCCAAGGAGAACAUCCUCGAGUAUUUGAGGGUGAUGGAGGAAGGCUCGGACGACAGCUCGGGUGUGGAGGGGCCUAUUAUGCUCAUGUGGGGCAAUGCGUUCGUCUUCAACAGGAAAUACGUCCAGGUGCUGAAGGCUAACUGGGCCAACCUCGGCCGCGUCGCGGACGCGGUCGAGGACGGCGGGCGUGCCGUCGGGUGCCCCAUGUUCAUGAAGGGCCUGGUGGAGUGGCCCGACCACUGCUCCCAGGACAUGAUCUAUCCGGCCCUGGCUGAGCAUAUCUUGCCUCCCCUGCAGCAGAAGGUGGCCUUUCCCGGGGCUUCUGGCUGCGGCCAGCUUGCGAAGAAUCGGCAUGGGCAGGCCUUUCCGCUGGGCUGUUGGGAGAUGCAGCAGAACCCGAUCAACGGGCAGCACGAGGAAGGAGAGCUAACGGCUCUUCAGGAGCUGGCUGCUAUCGGCAGGCUGCAG